AUGGCGCCAUUCAGGAGCAUCUAUGAGAAAGAUGCUACCAAGAAGCUGGUAGUCGGAGCAGCCUUAUUGGUGCUUGCGGCUUUCUACUCCUACGUCUUCCUGUUGACGCUGGCCCCAGUCUAUGGGUCAACUCCGUCGCACAUCUUCCACGGCUACGGCGUCGGCAUCGCAGGCGUAGCAGGCUGGUUCUCCAAGGACAUCGUCGACCGGGUGUCUGGGCGCAAGGCGAUCUACGCUAUCCCUGUGCUGGCCUUCUUUCUGCCUGUUGUCCAGUACUUUGUCUCCCAGCAGAGCUCGGCGCUGGGAAAUCCUGCUGGCCCAAUCUUCACCGAAGUACUGGCGUUAUACCCGCUGGUUCUGCUCUCUGUGGCUUGUGCGGGCAAAUUGGUGCAGGCAGGCUUGAACCUCCAACGACAUGGCGAUCUGGUUGCGGAGCAUAUCCCUCUACUGGGAUCGUAUGUCAUCUACUCUGCCGGCGAGCACUUGAUCAAGGCCUUCUUGUCAAGGUUCAUUGGGUCGACUGUGCUGCUCAGCCGCGCGGGUCUUCAGAUCUUGAUUGCAAUCUUUUACGCGGCAGCCGUUCCCUCUAAGGCUCUCCUUCUAGCUAUCCCUGCUUUUCUUUUCUCUGUCACUUCAAACACGCACCUGCCGUUGGGACACACGACUACAGCCCUCAACAACAUCAUCGCCGAUGAUGGAUUCGCUCUUGUCGCCCGUCAGGAUUCCACAACGGGGUAUAUCUCCGUCCUCGACAAUCUUGAGGAUGGCUUCCGCGUCAUGAGAUGCGACCACAGCCUCCUUGGUGGCCAAUGGAUCAAAAAGCGCCCCAACUACACCCCUCCCGCUGUCAAGGACCCUAUCUACGCUGUGUUUACUAUGCUGGAGGCCGUGAGACUCGUCGAGACAGCGCACGGUAUACCACGUGCUGACGCAGGAAGUAACGCGCUCGUCAUUGGGCUCGGAAUUGGCACAACCCCUGGCGCGCUGAUAAGCCACGGAAUCGACACGACCAUCGUCGAAAUCGACCCGGUUGUCCACAAGUAUGCUCUGCAGUACUUCGAUCUCCCCGAAAACCACACCCCUAUCAUCGAAGACGCGCGGGCCUUCGUCCAGCGCAGCCGAAACGCACCCCAACCCAAGCAGUACGACUACAUUGUCCACGACGUCUUUACUGGUGGUGCAGAACCUGUUGAGCUCUUCACGUAUGAGUUCAUUAGUGGUCUACACGCACUCUUGAAGGAUGACGGCGUUAUUGCCAUUAAUUAUGCCGGCGACAUCUCUCUCUAUUCCACGGCCCUCUCCAUCCGGACCAUAAAAUCCAUCUUCCCAACCUGCCGUCUCUUCCGUGAAGCCGCGGCCCCGGAAAUCGGGCCCGACUUCACAAACAUGGUCAUCUUCUGCACGAAAUCCCGUGGUGCGCCUAUCACCUUCCGCGACCCCGUUCCCGAGGACUUCCUGGGCAGCCGCUUCCGGUCCCGUUACCUGGUACCAAAGCAUGAGGUCGACGCGGCGCAAUUUGAUAAUGUCGGGUUAGAGGACGGUCCUCAAGGUCAUGGGCGCAGGGUUCUAGUGGAUAAAGAGGUUGGUCGCUUACAUAAGUAUCAGGAUCGCUCGGCGCUGGAGCACUGGGGGAUUAUGAGGACUGUUUUGCCGGAUAGGGUCUGGGAGGGGUGGUAG